AUCACGUUUCAUUAAAAUAUCAAAGGAGCCACGCGGCACACUCUCAUUGGCUGAACGUCCACCGAUAUUUUUCUUUUUCAUUUCAGUUCAGUUCUCAGUCUCACUCACCCGCUCUGUCUCUUGAGACUCCAACCAACGAAGAUGGCGAGAUCGAGGUUGCUGCUAUGGACCCUUGUCCUCUUUGGAACCCUAGCUCUUAUCCAGGCGAAGAAGUCCGAGGAAGAUUUGAAAGAGAUAACUCAUAAAGUGUACUUUGAUGUUGAAAUUGCUGGAAAACCUGCUGGUCGUAUUGUCAUGGGUCUGUUUGGGAAGGCUGUUCCUAAAACUGCAGAAAAUUUCCGAGCAUUGUGCACAGGGGAAAAAGGUAUUGGGAAGAGUGGGAAACCUCUUCAUUAUAAGGGAAGCAUGUUUCACAGGAUCAUUCCCAGCUUUAUGAUCCAAGGAGGUGAUUUUACACUGGGUGACGGAAGAGGUGGAGAAUCAAUUUAUGGAGAGAAGUUUGCUGAUGAGAAUUUCAAGCUGAAGCAUACUGGACCUGGCCUUUUGUCAAUGGCAAAUGCUGGUCCUGACACAAAUGGUUCACAAUUCUUCAUCACAACUGUGACAACUAACUGGUUGGAUGGCAGACAUGUUGUAUUUGGAAAGGUGCUUUCUGGAAUGGAUGUGGUCUAUAAGAUUGAAGCUGAAGGCAGACAGAGUGGCACACCUAAGAGCAAAGUUGUGAUAGCAGACAGUGGCGAAAUACCACUAUAGUUUGCUCUAUGACUUGGCAGAUAUAACUCCUUAAACUUCCCGUUUUGCCUCUCUAUAAGACUUCUUAAUAUGUAGUACCGAGGAUCUUUUAAUUUAAAAUGGCUCUAUAUCAAAUGUUAUAUGGCGAAGGAGAUGGUAGAAACCUCAUAGUUUAUUUUGAAGCAAGUGAUAGGUUGUUGGCUGUUUAUAUAUUCUGAUGCAACAAUGUGCGAGGAUAUGGAGGGCUAAUAAUUCCUGAAUUUGGACAGGUAAUUUGUAGAAUUUGAGUGGAAUUAAUUUUAAUUCUACCCCCAAA